AUGCGUCUAAGGCCGGUUCUCCAGGUGGGCGUACUCUACCUCGUUGCUGUUCCCUUCGUCCUCACAUUGUACUUUGGGGUUGGGUGCGAUGGAGAAGUGACUCGAGUUGCUUUCCUGAAGAUUUUCUACCUGAUGUCCUCAACGCAAGAUGUUAUACGUGUAGACUCUUCGAGACAGCAAUGUGGUAAUUCACUCACAGAUCUCGGCGUAGACAUCAAGCUGCUGUUGCUGGGCAUUCUGUUCUAUUGCAUCCGCGUUCCACGAGCCGCAGGCCUAGAGCAAGGAAAAUCGCCAAUUGGCAUAAGGGAUGAUCUAGAGCAACUAUGGGAUAUUUCUCCUGUCAUUAGAGUCUCGGGAAUCAUCAUUGAAGACUUUCCAUUGCUAUCUGACUAUCUUUCCGUACCCCCACUCCGAAGAACUACACAGAAGCCCUCGGCCACUUCGGAACAAAAGCUUGAGCAAACAACUACGAGACGGGUCAAUACCAAAGUUGUCCGAGAAAGAUGCGUUUACUUCCAUAUCUUCUUUCGCGUCUCACACCAACCCAAUGCCGGCGACUCAUGCUACCCACCCGAAUGGCUAACCGCGAGGAAAGAUCAAGCUGUAUGA